GGCUGUUUGUCACAUCUCCGAGGAAGCGGGAACCCCAGCAGCCUCGAUUGAAUCCAUCUUCACGCUGUUCACGGCCGCGAGUUGAAAAAGUAAACUCAAACUUACGGACACGGUAACAUGCUGUUUAAGUGAAGCUUCCCGACCACGAGUUGUAAUAACACAGUUGUGUUGAGACGAACAUAACGACGAUAAACUAGAUCUGGGAAGAGCAAAUCGGUGUGCUAACGUUAGCCACCAUUGCCUGUGACGCUCCGCUGCGGACUAAGCCACGUUUCAACAGCGCCUCUAGGACACGAUCCAAAGCUUCACUGAUGGCCUGCGCAAAAGAGAUAUGGCAAACGAUAGGAGAGGGUUUUGUCCAAGAAUAUUAUCACCAGUUUGACACUACCUCCAGGACAACUCUGGGUGAUCUAUAUAGUGCUGAUGCCUGUUUGACGUGGGAAGGUGCUGUUUUUGCAGGGAAAAAAGACAUCUCUGAAAAAUUAGCAAGUUUGCCAUUUAAGACUAUUAAGCACAUUAUCACAGGACAAGACUUCCAACCCACGCUGGAUAGUUGUAUCUUCAUCAUGGUGUUUGGACAGUUGAAGGUAGAUGACGAGCAACCAAUGGCCUUUCAUCAGGUGUUUAUGCUGAAGUCCCAGCCAGGCACAUGGGUCUGCACAAAUGAUAUGUUUCGGUUGGGCAUACACAAUUUAUCAGUUUAGCAAUCUGAUUUCAUUGGUUAAUACACAUUGAAAUCCAGCAUAUAAUUCAUACUAUGGUUAAGCUAUCAUUGAAAAUACAAGGGAUUGUAUGCUGUAGUUCCUCCAUGUUUACAAUUCAUCUAUAAGCAUAAUUGUAUUCAAUACAUUCCUGCCCAAUAAAAUAAUUUCAGUUUCAAAGUCA